AUGGCCAUCCAUAAGAGAAAGGCUAGCAACUCGAACGUCGAGUUUGAGCCACAGGCUUCGUUACAGCAUGGGACUACCAACGACAAAGGUAGCAAGUCUAAAUUGUGGACUCAACAACAACACAUACGUGGUGAGUCCAGCGACGACAGCGACAUCAUUCUAUCAGAAAACUUGCGAGAUGGACUUUCGCACGUGACCUACAACGACAAUCCAGAGCUUGAACAGGGCCGUGCCAUAGUGAGCCAACUAAGCCCUUUGAAGGGUCCAGAAGUACAUGGCAGCUCGGUCUCAGCAUCAUCUUCUGCUGAGAAAUUAAAUGACGAAGAACUGUGGGAAGGCGAUGUCGAACAGUUGCCUAAUUCUCCCUAUCCGGAAGUGCGUGCCACUGUCGACGUAGAGGACGACCCUACCAUUUUUCUUAACCAUUGGAGAACGUGGUUUCUCACCACCGUCUUUGUGGUGGUUUUCGCAGGCGUAAACCAAUUUUUCUCGCUUCGGUACCCAACUUUGUCCAUCAAUUUCCUUGUUGCACAGGUCGUGUGCUAUCCGAUUGGUAAGAUAUUGGCGUUGCUGCCUCAGUGGGACUGUCCACGCGCUCCGUUCUUCAAUUUGAAUCCCGGUCCCUUUACCAAGAAGGAGCAUGCCGUGGUCACUAUCGCCGUCGCUUUAACAUCAAGUACUGCAUACGCAAUGAAUAUCCUUAUUGCCCAGACAAAUUUUUACAAUAUGGAUCUGAACGCAGGAUAUCAAAUUCUUCUUGUGUGGACAACUCAAAUGCUGGGUUACGGUGCUGCCGGUCUUAGUCGGCGCUGGAUCGUGAACCCAGCUUCGUGUAUCUGGCCUCAGACCUUAAUUUCCGUCUCGCUUUUUGAUUCUUUGCACAACAGAACAAUCGACAAGGCUAUUGUCAACGGAUGGAGAGUGUCUAGAUACAAAUUUUUCGUCAUUGUGCUUAUUGCAAGCUUUGUGUGGUACUGGGUCCCAGGUUUUCUCUUCACGGGUCUUUCGUACUUUAACGUUGUUCUCUGGGGUCCCAAGACGAGACACAACUUUAUCGCUAACACUAUUUUCGGAGUAGAAAGUGGACUAGGUGCUCUUCCAAUCACUUUCGACUAUACACAGAUAUCUCAAGCAAUGGCUGGCUCUGUGUUCGCCACUCCAUACUGGGUCUCUGCCAACACUGGCGUCUCGGUAGUGAUAUUUUUCGUGAUUAUCCUACCCAUUCUGUAUUUCACCAACACUUGGUAUGCAAAGUUCAUGCCUGUGAUUUCAAGUUCAACUUUUGAUAAUACCCAGAAGAAAUUCAAUGUACAGAAGAUUCUGAAUCCAGACUACACAAUCAACUUGGAGAAAUAUAAGGCCUAUUCACCCUUAUUUGUGCCAUUUUCAUACCUUUUGAGCUACGCUCUCAAUUUCGCAGCAGUCACUGCCGUUUUCGUUCAUUGUGGCCUAUACCACAGCAAGGACUUGUGGGGCAAGCUCAAAAACAAAAAUCAUGGCGGCUUGGACAUUCACAUGAGAACCUACAUUAAAAACUACAAAGACUGUCCCGAGUGGUGGUACCUAGUUCUUCAAGUUAUCAUGCUGGGACUUGGUUUUGCCACAGUUUGCGGAUUCGACUCUGGUUUGCCCGCUUGGGCUUUCGUGGUGGCACUUCUGAUAUCAUUCGUCAACUUUGUUCCUCAAGGACUAUUAGAAGCUGUAACCAAUCAGCACGUUGGCUUGAACAUCAUUACCGAGUUGAUUUGUGGUUAUAUGUUACCCUUGAAGCCCAAGGCUAACGUUCUUUUCAAGUUGUAUGGUUUCAUUGUACAAAGACACGGUCUUGACAUGUCCAGAGAUUUGAAGCUGGCGCUUUACAUGAAAGUGCCCCCAAGAUUGAUCUUCGCGAUCCAGAUUUAUGCUUCUCUAAUAUCCGGACUAGUCAACGUUGGUAUCCAAGAAUGGAUGAGACAUAAUAUCAAGGACCUUUGCAGCUCGUCUCAACCUGACGGUUUUACCUGUUCGAACGGUCGUACUGUCUUCAAUGCUUCCAUCAUCUGGGCCUUGCCCCAGUACCUGUUUUCCCCAGGUCGCAUUUACAACCCAUUGAUGUGGUUUUUCUUGAUUGGAUUGGCGGUGCCUCUUAUCGUGUAUGGUUUACAAAAGGUUUUCAAGAGAAGCCAAUUCUUGAAGUACGUGCACGCUCCGAUCUUUUUCACUGGCCCCGGCAACAUUCCUCCAAGCACUCCUUACAACUACACACUUUUCUGGGCGAUGUCUUUCGCACUCAACACUAUCAGGAAAAGAUGGCCAAAAUGGUUCGGCAAAUAUAAUUUUGUCAUGGGUGCCGGUGUCGAGACUGGUGUAGCUUUGGCAGUGGUCAUUAUUUUCCUCGCAGUUCAAUACCCUGGAGGUAAGCUGAGCUGGUGGGGCAACAACGUUUACAAGAACACGUACGACCACGCCUAUAAAGCUUACUAUCAUGUGAAAGCUGGCGAAAAGUUUGGUUACGAUAAGUGGUGGUGA